UUGGCGAGUCUUCCGAGUGCGGAAUCCUCUGGUUAUCGCUGCCAUCCUGGCCUUGGCGGUGCCAAUUUCGACACCCUCGGGAGGAGGACUCUCGCGGCUACUGAUUUCUCUCUGGGAGCGGCGUUCUGUGCGGGGAGACGUGUCGGAGUACCCCGCUUGGCGCCCCGGUGCUCUUAGGCCUCAGCGGGGCGCGAUGGUUGGGAAGGGGGUUGGCCGGGCGUACAGGCAGGCUGUGGUGGUUCCCGACUCCGGAGGCCCAGUGUUUUCGCGCUGAGUGGUGGCUGCUAACGCAGCGCAUUUGUGGCCGCAUCGAGAGAAAUUUGGGGGGCGGGGUAAAGUCAAGUAGGGUCGAGGCUUUUAUUCAGUGGCCGAACGUUAAAUGUUUCGAGUUCAGCGGUGCUUAAAGCGGGUAAUUGAAAGUGUGGGAAAAGACUGGAUUACGUGUGAAGUUGGCGUGAGUAAAGGAGGUUUCUGUAGGGGGAGCCUGUAGAGGGUUGUAGUGGGUCGAGUUAACUCGUCUGAAGGAUCCAGGCUUGGAUUGAAACAGGCUGUGUUUUCUUCCAGAGGGUAAAAGGAAUGAUGUCCUUGUCACUAGUCUAGUGUCAGCACUGCUGUAGUCACUGGUAGUUCCACACGGGAAGAAACAGUGGAUAGAAGGAUGGCUGCGAUGAUGGCAUUUCUUAGGACACCUUUGGAUUAAUCAUGAAAACAACUACUCUCUGAGCAGCUGCGGGCAGCGUUUAGUACAUAAACCGUCAUGCAAGUCGAGAGGUUCAAAUCUUCGUGUUCACUUUAAGAACACUCGUGAAACAGCCCAGGCCAUUAAGGGUAUGCAUAUCCGAAAAGCCACUAAGUAUCUGAAGGAUGUCACUUUAAAGAAGCAGUGUGUGCCAUUCCGUCGCUACAAUGGUGGAGUUGGUAGGUGUGCCCAGGCCAAACAGUGGGGCUGGACGCAGGGUCGGUGGCCCAAAAAGAGUGCUGAAUUUUUACUGCACAUGCUCAAAAAUGCAGAGAGUAAUGCUGAACUUAAGGGCUUAGAUGUAGAUUCUCUGGUCAUUGAGCACAUCCAGGUGAACAAAGCCCCCAAGAUGCGGCGCAGGACUUAUAGAGCUCAUGGUCGGAUCAACCCAUACAUGAGCUCUCCGUGCCACAUUGAGAUGAUCCUUACUGAAAAAGAACAGAUUGUUCCUAAACCAGAAGAGGAGGUUGCCCAGAAGAAAAAGAUAUCCCAGAAGAAAUUGAAGAAACAAAAACUUAUGGCCCGGGAAUAAAUGCUGCAAAAAAUAAAUGCAAAUGAAAGUAAAA